AUGGCAGCCCUUAAAAUUUUUUCUCUCGCCUCUGCGUCUGCGCUCCUGAUGGCUAACGCUGUCCAUCAAACCGCAAAGCAAACUCCAUUGACGGCGAGAACAGUAUCCUCAACAUACAGUGUAAAUAUUGGGGAGACAGCCGUGUGCCUCGGCGAAAUCAACGAUGCGCGCGAAGCCGCUGGACUCGCACACUUCAUAGCGGCCAAUGAUGGAGAACUUGCGUGGCCUGCAACUAGCCGAGGGGACAGCGAACAGACAAGUGAUGCCUGGGAUCCUGUCUGCAACGCUCUGAUAGCAAAAGACUCAGGAGAAAAAGCAAAAAAGGGCACAGGCACGAGUGAAUUUAAAAGCGGUACAUACGCCUUCAUGGCCUUAUCAACGGACAAGGUGGACUGCGCCGCCGCUGUGGACCACUGGAAGGACGCCCUCGACAACUUCACCUCCCUUCCUCCAUCGAAGGCUGAAGGAGACUCACUCUACGACAAACCAGAGAACAAAGACUCAGAAGAAGGAAAUCCAAAGGGCGCAGGCACAAGUGAAUUUAAAAGUGGUACAUACGCCUUCAUGGCCUUAACAACGGGGCAGGCGGAUUGCGCCGCCGCUGUGGACCACUGGAAGGCCGCGGUCAGCAAUUUCGCCUCCCUUCCUCCAUCAAAGACUGAAGGAGAGGAACUCUACGACAAGCCAGAGAAUGUCUCUUUUGUUGCAAUGUACAACCCUUCAGACAGUGCAGCUGCUGACUGUCGAGUCGUUACCUGCACUCAAACGCCAGCUCCAGAAGGCAAAUCCCUCAAAUUACGGAGUAGUACUGAAGCAAAGAACGGCUACGCUCUACUGUGCAUGACCACUCCUGACCUGAUGACAGCUGAUAGUCCUGCUCCCUUCUCGGAGGACCAGUGGAGUAAGAUCAAGGCAUCCCUCACAGGCUCAGCGUCAGUCGCCGCCCCGAGUCUCAUUGCCUUUGCUAUUGCUGCCCUUGGCCUGGCUGCCUUUUGA